AUGAAUGAAGAUUUCACUGCAAAGUAAGCUUCAUACUGUACUUUAUUGUUUACUAUACUUAAAUUUCAGAGCCUAUGACCCAGCAGAUCUGCCAAAUGAUUGGGCUGGUGCAGGAAUGUACGCUAGAGUAAAUGCCUUGAAGCAGAAAGAUCCCCAGCUGAAGACACUGUUAUCUUUUGGUGGAUGGAGCUUCGGUACUCGGCUAUUUCAAGGAAUGACAGCUUCGGCCGAAUCUCGAGGAACCUUCAUCAGAUCUUCAAUAGAGUUCGUUCGAAAACAUGGAUUCGAUGGGAUUGACAUUGAUUGGGAAUACCCAAAGGGAGAUUCUGACAAGGAAAACUUCAACUUCUUCUUACAGGUAGGUCAUGAGUUUUAAUAAUAUUAAGUAUAUUACAACUAUAAGUAUACUGUUAGUACUAGUAUAAGUAUACUGUUAGUACUAGUAUCUAAAUUACUUUAUAUAGCGUAAUUUUAACAAUUUUUAUUAUAGGAACUAAAAUACGCGUGUGAACAAGAAGCGAUGCGAUCAGGAAAAGACCGCUUACUGAUCACGGCUGCUGUAGCUGCUGGAGUUAAUAACAUUCAAAAUGGCUACGAUAUUCCAACGGUGUCUAGGUAUGGCAAUAAUAAUUUAUUUUUUAGAUAAUUUCGAAAAAGAUUGAGUAAAAUUUUUUCCACGUAAUUUUGGAUCGCUACUGUUUUAUGUAAAGUAACUUUCUAUACAAGUAAAGUUGUAAGUAAUAUUCGGCAUAAAAUGCUAAUUUUAGGUUAUUGGACUUUAUAUUAUUGAUGAGCUAUGACUUCCACGGUGGUUGGGAACAGAAGACCGGAAUGAACGCCCCACUAUACCCACAAGCUGGCGAUGAAUCCGAAUGGAAUGUGGUAAAUACAUAACUUUUUAUUUAUGGAAAUGUUAAACAUACUUAAAUUGUUAGAGCUGAAUUACAUUUUUAAUCACAGAUAUUAUUUCACUGACAUGUGAGUUCUGAUAAGCCUAUGACAAUGCACUGUAAUCUCGUUUCAGGCCGGAGCAGCACGUUACUGGGCCGAUCACGGCAUGCCCAAACACAAACUCAUCAUUGGUGUUCCAACUUAUGGCCGAGGCUGGACCUUGACCAAUCCUAACGACUACUCAGUUGGAGCUACUGGCAGGACCGCUAGGACUACGAAGUACGUUGGUGAAGCUGGUACCGCCGCUUACUACGAGUUUUGUGAAAUGUUGGCAGAAGGCGGGAACAGAUAUUUUGACGACCAGACCAAGGUACCAUAUCUUGUGAAAGGGGACCAAUGGUUCAGUUACGAUGACAAGGAGUCCAUCAAGAUGAAGUUGGACUGGAUCAAGCAGAACGCCUUUGGGGGUGCUUUUGUUUGGACCUUGGAUAUGGACGACUUUAAUGGCCAAUGUUCGAACGGUGGUGGAGAACGAUACCCAUUGAUUGGCACGAUAGCCAGGGAAUUGGGUGGCAUCGAAAUUCCAUCAGCAUCAGCGACAAUUGUAAGCUUUUGAUUAAAGAAAGUGCUUGAUAUAAGGUGACUUAUACCAAUUGAAGGUGAAGUUAUAUUUUUUUAGACAUCUUAAUAAUACGCAACUUAACUUUCAUUCAAGGUCCCUACUCCAAACCCAUAUGUACCAACCUUGCCAACAACUACAUCGUACUCAUGGACAACUUCUCGACCAGUCUCUCCUACUGAUCUCGACAGAGCUUGCAUUGGUCAAGGUGAUGGGUUCAAAGAGAUUCACGGAGUCUGUACUGACUUUGUCUUAUGCUUAUCUGGCAAAGGACAACGUAUGUCAUGCCCUCAAGGAACAGAAUUUAGUCGGGCGUUGGGUUAUUGUACACAUGUAAGUUGUUUGAAACAAAAACUAUAUUUCCGAACUAUUAAAGGCUAGCCAAUCAGGAUGUAACACUCCAAAACCUUUUAAUUGGAUAUCAACUAGUACUUUACCGCCACCAAGUUCAUCAACCUUUGGAGGUCCUAAAAAAGGUGGGUAUUGCACGUUUGCUAGAAAACAUCAAGAAGCAUUUUAAAAAAUUUAUGCUACAAAGGAUGCUGUAAAUAUGCUUUCAAAUUUUGAAGUAAAAUGCACUGUUAUGUAAAAUAAAGUCUAUAUCACCAUUAUCUCGAACAAAACGACCUCUUUCAGACUUUUCAUGCCAACAACUCAAGGAUGGCUUCUACCCCGACCCCAACAGUUGUUAUCACUUCUUCAGAUGCGUCGGAGGUACCUCAUAUCACUUUGAUUGUCCCGUGGGACUCAAAUUUAGCAAAGAAACCUCACAGUGCAACCACCCGAACUCGGUCAACUGCCAAUAA